AUGACCUUCACCGAAGCUGCCUUUUUGACCAUGCCUGGCCUGACUGGUGUACUGUUAACCCUGGUGCUGGUGGCCCUUGCACUCACAAGUCAGCCCAAGUUCCGUGCCCUCAGGUUCGAAAUCUUCUCGAAGAUCCACACGGUGGGCAUUGUAACCUGGCCGAUCCUCUUGUUUCUGCACGGCUCACAGGGGUGGGUUGGCAUCGGCAUCCCCUUAGUGCUGGUUGUUUGCGGCCUUCCCAUCCUCCUCUACGUCUCAGCUCGGCUGGCCCGGCUGCUCCGCUACUACCUCAACUCCGUGCGGGUCCUGCGUGCAGUUGUGCGCCCGGGGCCUGGAAAAACCGAAGCUGAAGGCGCCCUGGUGCAACUGGAGCUCUCGCGCCCAAGGUGCCUGUGGCGUUGGAAGGGGCACGCUGGCAUGUACGCUUUCAUCUGCAUGCCGGAAUACGCCUUGUGGCAGUGGCACCCGAUGACCAUCACUUCAGGCAGCGAGGAUAGUACCGUGAACUUCCUGGUGGCGGGUAUCGGCGAUUGGACGCAGGAACUGGCCAAGCGCUGCCUAAGUGGCAGACUCCCGCGUUUGGCUUUGGAUGGACCUUUCACUGCACCAACGCAGUCAGCUUUGGACAAGCGGGUCCUCGUGGCAGUGGGUGCUGGGGUUGGAGUGACUCCAUUCAUCUCUUUGCUCUCCACCUUGGUCUCGGAGCUUGUGUCUGAGUCAAAGCAGCAUCGGCUGGUGGAAGCUCAUUUCUACUGGAUGACCAGAGACCCCAUGGAAUUCGUGUUUGCCUGGCAGAUCUUGAGGAAGUGGCUGAGGCAUGACAUCCUGCAGUCCAAGAUUUUCAUCCACCUCUACACGACUGCCCCGACUCCUGGCCAAAACUUACCUGCCUUCCUUUUCCACGAGGCCGUCAAGAGGCAGUGUUUGGUGGACCGACGCUAUUUCAAGGGCCACUUGGCACAGUGGCUAGAGCAACGCGCCGUGCAGACUCCGGGACCUCAAUUCCCGUGGGCCUGGGCUGAAGGCAGAGACAGGGCCGUAAUUCCAUUAGGCAGUUCAGUGUUGACACGUCUUGCACAUGGCAUCAUGCGCGCGGCACAUGAUCAUCCAGCGCAGCAGCUGCGCUUCAUUCGUGGUUUUAGUGUGCUCGCUUGCAAACCGGCAACUCAACUUGCAAGAAAGGGUUGUUAA